GCGGUGCGGUGUGUCGUCGGGCAGUGCCGCGGCCGGUGCCGCGCGUCGCUUUUUCCCCUUAUGGAAGAGAUGGAAGAGGAGCUGAAAUGCCCGGUGUGCGGCUCCUUCUACCGCGAGCCCAUCAUCCUGCCCUGCUCGCACAACCUGUGCCAGGCGUGCGCCCGCAACAUCCUGGUGCAGACGCCGGAUUCGGAAUCCCCGCAGAGCCGCCGCGCGUCGGGCUCGGCCGUCUCCGACUACGACUACCUGGACCUGGAUAAGAUGAGCCUGUACAGCGAGGCGGACAGCGGCUACGGCUCCUACGGCGGCUUCGCCAGCGCUCCCACCACCCCGUGCCAGAAAUCCCCCAACGGCGUGCGGGUUUUCCCCCCCCCCCCCCCCCCCCCCCCCCGCCGCCUUGGCCCCUCGCCUCCGCCGCCCCGCAACGCGUGCCUGACGUGCCCGCAGUGCCACCGCAGCCUGGUGCUGGACGAGCGCGGGCUGCGCGGCUUCCCCCGCAACCGGCUGCUGGAGGGCGUCAUCGAUCGCUACCAGCAGGGCCGGGCGGCGGCGCUGCGCUGCCAGCUGUGCGAGAAGGCGCCCAAAGAGGCGGCCGUCAUGUGCGAGCAGUGCGACGUCUUCUACUGCGAGCCGUGCCGCCUGCGCUGCCAUCCGCCCCGCGGCCCCCUGGCCAAACACCGCCUGGUGCCGCCCGCGCAGGGCCGCGUCGGCCGCCGUCUGAGCCCCCGCAAGAUCUCCACGUGCACGGACCACGAGCUGGAGAACCACAGCAUGUACUGCGUGCAGUGCAAGAGCCCCGUGUGCUACCAGUGCCUGGAGGAGGGCAAGCACUCCAGCCACGAGGUGAAGGCGCUGGGGGCCAUGUGGAAGCUGCACAAGAGCCAGCUGUCCCAGGCCUUGAAUGGGUUGUCAGACAGAGCCAAGGAGGCAAAAGAGUUCCUGGUGCAGCUCCGCAACAUGGUGCAGCAAAUCCAGGAGAACAGCGUGGAGUUUGAAGCCUGCCUGGUGGCCCAAUGUGACGCCCUCAUCGAUGCCCUCAACAGAAGGAAAGCCCAGCUGCUGUCCCGUGUCAACAAGGAGCACGAGCAUAAGCUGAAGGUGGUGAGAGACCAGAUUUCUCACUGCACGGUGAAGCUGCGGCAGACCACGGGGCUGAUGGAGUACUGCCUGGAGGUCAUCAAGGAGAACGACCCCAGCGGCUUCCUGCAGAUCUCCGACGCUCUCAUCAGAAGAGUGCACUUAACAGAGGACCAGUGGGGAAAAGGGACGCUCACACCCCGCAUGACCACGGACUUUGACCUGAACCUUGACAACGGCCCCCUCCUGCAGUCCAUCCAUCAGCUCGACUUCGUGCAGAUGAAAGUGCCGGCCCCCCCAAUCCUGCAGCUGGAGGAGUGCUGCACCCACAACAACAGUGCCACGCUGUCCUGGAAGCAGCCCCCCUUGUCGACGGUGCAGGUGGAAGGCUACAUCCUGGAGCUCGAUGAUGGCAAUGGAGGGCAGUUCAGGGAGGUGUAUGUGGGCAAGGAAACCAUGUGCACAGUGGACGGGCUUCACUUCAACAGCACUUACAGCGCCCGUGUCAAAGCCUUCAACAAAACAGGAGUCAGCCCCUACAGCAAGACCCUGGUGCUGCAGACAUCCGAGGAGACGCAGUCAGAAGAACAGACCCUCCCUUUUCCAGUGCCUUUGGAAAGAUUGCAGCUUCGUAGAAUGAGUCCUUUCUCCUCCACCCUUAAUCUACAACCCAGCUUCCCGGGGAGAUCCUACUUUGAGCUAAGAUCUUCGGCCCACCAGCUGAGCUUGCAUUCUUCCUUACAGUCCCUGAACUCAGCCGUAGCUUGGUUUUCUUUCGAUCCUGCCUCUGCACACGCUGACAUCAUCUUUUCUAACGACAACCUGACUGUCACCUGCAACAGCUACGAUGACAGGGUUGUGCUGGGGAAAACGGGCUUUUCCAAAGGGCUGCACUACUGGGAGUUGUCCAUCGAUCGCUACGACAACCACCCGGACCCGGCCUUCGGCGUGGCGCGCAUCGACGUCCUGAAGGAUGCCAUGCUGGGCAAGGAUGACAAAGCUUGGGCCAUGUAUGUGGACAACAACCGCAGCUGGUUCAUGCACAACAACUCUCACACCAACAGGACUGAAGGUGGGAUAACAAAAGGUGCCACGGUGGGAGUGCUGCUGGAUUUGACCAGGAGGACCUUGACGUUCUCCAUCAACGAGGACCAGCAGGGCCCCGUCGCCUUUGAGAACUUGGAGGGCCUGUUCUUCCCAGCAGUCAGCCUCAACAGGAACGUGCAGGUGACGCUGCACACGGGGCUGCCGGUCCCUGAGUUCUACGCCUCGCGCUCGGCCAUGCAGUGAGGAUGAGGCAGCACGGAGCUGCGAGCGCCGGCACUGGGGGCAGCCAGAAGGGAAGGAGGAACCCAGCUUUGGCAGUCUUCAUUCUCCACCCACCAGCGCUGUCCUGUGUGUGUACGCUUCGCUGUUUAGCUCUUUUUGGCUGAUGAAGUACCUAGGUAGCCCGAGAUGUCCCUGUGUCCGCUUUUAGGUUCGGUUUCACUCCUUUGAGUUGGGGCCUGGAGUUGUGAUGAGAGCUUCCCAUCCUGCAUCCUGCUGCAGCUGGCCAGGCUGUGGGAGGGACCCCCCAGAAAGCUUUCGCCCCCUCCAGCCCCGUUCCUUCGCAGGAUGUUUCUUUCCCCGUGGCCUUUCUUGCAGAGCACCUCCCUGCCACACACCGGGGUCAGCCCUGGAUUGCUGCCGGUCCCCAUGGAGGGAUGCCCCAUGUGCUGCAGCAGCCCCAGAGGCACCCCCACUGCUGUUGGGGUGUUGCAGCUCCCAGUGAAGGCAGCAGCACCCCGGGGCGAUGCUCCGUGGCUGGGGUUAAACCACAGCCACCUGCUGGAGCAGAGCUGCAUCGUUGCUGGGGUCAGCGCCAGCAGAGCGGAGAGCAAAACCUUUCCCACCACUGUGCCCCCAAGGCUGGGCACAGCAGGGGCAGGAUUUGGGGCAAACCCAGCACCCGGCUCCCCACAAACCAGCACCACAGCCAUACGCCGUGCUGCUCCUUGGAGGCGAGCAUUUAUUUUUGUAGAGCCUUAAAUACUGCCCGAUAGCAUCCUUCCCUUGGCAGGAAAACUCACUCAGCAAAGAGGUUCUGAAGGGGAGCCCGGGGAUGGGGAGCACGGAGAGUCGACCUGCACUCAGGAAGCCGUGUCCCCUGCCAUGCCUGCCCCGUGGCCGUGCCCCAGGGGCGAUUCAGGCUCUGAGCAGCACCAUGCCUGCUGCCCACACACACUGCUACCCAAGGGCCAUGCAUGCGCUCAUCCCCACGCUUUGCUUUACGGUCCUUCGCCCUUGCAGCGGCGGCGCUGCCCGUGCCAUCAGAAAGCUGCGGCUCAGACCCGGCAGAACAACUGUAUAUAGGUCACCCCCUCCCUAUCACCCCCUUAUCCCCUCCGUCCCCGCGUUGCUCUAGUACAAAACUCACCUAAUUUAUUGACUGGGUGCUAUCUUGUUCAUUCACACCGACGAGUUCCUCCGCUGUAGGAGAGCUGUGUUGCGGGACAACGCCGAGCGGCUCUGCGGUGAUUGCCCCAUGGGCUCCGUGGCCGGGUCACGGGGUGCCUUCCUCAGCCCUUCCCCCCCUUCUUUAGGAUGUUCAUGGUGCUUAUUAGGCUCCUCAUGGUCGUGCGGUGUCGUCCCCACUGUCCCGCGAUGAUAGCUGCCUGCAGCUGCUCUGCUCCUGACGAGUGUCACGGUUGCUGUUCUA